CUUGUUUUUUUCUCAGAGAAGAGAUAACAUGCUCGGCUUCUUUUAGCGUAAUAAACUUCAUGCAAAUGGUAAAAUAAUCAAAAAUACACAACCCUAGCUUCACCGUUUCCACAGCGACGUUGUCAAACAAACACCCUGCAGGCCUAGUUGCAGAAAUUGGUUUCCACUAGAUAGCACAGCCACAAAGUCAAAAUUGGCCAAAUCCUAAAAGUGAAGGAAAAGAAAAUGUGCUUUUUGGUCUUAAAUUAAGGUCCGGGGUUAGGUUUAAAAAUCACAUAUUAAUAAGAGAAAUUGUAUAAAUAUGCGGGGUUUGUGGCGGUGGUAACUAGUGACGCCCACAGAAACCAGACAGCUAUUACCUAAACUAACCCCAGUUGUUCUAUGUAGCGUUUAAUAAAAUAACACAUAUGGAGUUCACAGGUAGCAGUUACACUGGAGCCUUCAAGAAUGGCAGGAUGGAGGGAGAAGGAGAGUAUAAAUUCCCCACAGAGACAAGAUAUGUUGGGGAGAUGAAGAAUGGCAUGUUCCAUGGAAAAGGUGUACUCCAUUUCACAAAUGGAAGCAUAUAUGAAGGAACUUGGGAGAAAGGAAUAUCCAAACAGGGAAAGUAUACUUUCUCUGAUGGACUGAAGUACCAAGAGAAGGACUGGGAGUUUUGUGAUGGCUAUGACAGACAGUUCUACACUGAGAGGUGCAAUGGACUCAAACCUGCAGGGGAGUCUCAGCUGAUUGACCAAGACUCAUUGCAUGUCAUCCCAGAUGGCUGCUAUGACUGUGGGGAUGGAUUCUACGACCCCAACGCCAGGGUCAUUACUGACUAUGAGCAUCACUUUCUCAGAAACGCAGAUGACUAUGAACAUGAGUGGAUUGUGUCCACUUGUCGGAAGAGCUGGGACGAGAUCGUUGGACAUUCACCUGAAAACUAGGCCACAUUUCAGAACUGGACAUUGAGUUUCUGGCCUGAGCGAGAAAAAAUAAAUAAAAGGCAGCUCAUUUAUGGAAUGUUAAACUGUGGUGCAUACAGGCCUACCUGUGAAUUAUAUUUUCUGAAAUAUCCUACAUGUUAGUUUUUAUUUUAAAUAGGUUUAAUUUGACCAGAUGCAUAAAACAAAAUAGCUAAGCCUAUUUUAGAUGCACAAAAACAUAGUGAAGCACAUGUGAGGUGCUAAAAUGAAAUAUGUGGAGGAAGUUAAGCUAGAAGAAUAUACUAAUUUAGUCAAACAUUUUCAUGCAGCGUGAGAGAAAAAAACCACCAAUCCUUGAUUUAUAACUUGUUAAGCCAUUUGUUUACUUGUAAUGUUUGUCCUUAAAUGUCCCUGCUCUGCUCUCUCUGCGUGGUGCUGAAAUGACUGUGCUACCAGUGCAGGCCAAUGUAAUCAGUGUCAGAUUGUUCUCUCAAGUGUCCUCAAAGACUCAGCAGCUUAAUGGAUGCAAAUGAACAUGAAAUAUGACUUCCUCUUAUAUAGGCUAUGCAAGAUAUCCACCAGCACAAUAUACUGUUGCCGACAGGCUUUGUUCCACUCAGUCUUCUAUUUAGAUACUAGAGUAUAUUUCUCAAUAUAAUGCUUUGGAUCCAGUAAUUGCAUUUUCUACAAUAAUGUUGUGCUGUAGUGUUUUUGCGCAGACAGACAAGCGUAUAUUUGUGAGUGAGACGUUUAGUCUGUCUCGGUUAAAGCUGCCCUUUGAAACAGGACCUAGGGUAGAGGAUCAAUCUCAUGAUGCAGCCUGACAGUGACUUCCUGUCUGUGAUGGCGCUCAGCUGGGCUUGCUGGACGAAUCAGCUGCAGAGUGGUGGAGAAGAAGAGGGGAGGAGAUGAGUCAUUACUGCACACACUGACCCAUGAAGAACCCGCCAGCUCAGCCAUCGGCCUGUGAUUGCUUCCUGCCCAGCGCCGGGCACACACACUUUUACACACAGACACACAAAUUGACACACCGAGACAUGUAAGUAUGCACAUACACAACCAGGUACGCACCGGACAUACCAUAAAACUUCAAAUAAUAGCCCGGGCGUUUAUUUGCUUUUCAAUCACUGAACCGCCAGGCUCCUUAUUUCCUUAACGCACACAGCUUUUGCUCAGAAAAAUGUUGGGAAGUCUACCAUACUGUUUAUUGUGACCGGUAUAAACAUUACAAUAACAAAUCCAUUGCUCUUUAUCUACUUUUGAGCAAUCUCAAUGGUACUCUAUAAAGUUCACUCGUAAACAAUAACUUUAGACCCAGCAUUUAUUUGAAACAGCCGUUUAUUUGUUGACAACUUGUGCCGAUUAUUGGCUAUUAAAUUAGACAGGCAGCUAUUUGAGACUGGAAAAUGCACACACACCAGAAUGACCCGCAGAGGCCUACAGUGCCUUCGGAAAGUAUUGAAACACAUUGACCUUUUCCACAUUUUGUUACGUUACAGCCUUAUUCUAAAAUUUAUGAAAUAGUUUUUUUCCCUCU